CUAAAGUUCCAAGUUCUUUGAUAGUUUGAGGAUAUAUUCCAGUCCCCAUUUCAGUUUUCACGACAUCCCAUUGAUGUGGUCGGAAGCUUUCUUUGAUUCUUCCGUUCCAAACAUCCUCAUUCUUCAUGUGACUGAUAUAAAUCCACCCACUAAUAUGAUACAGAGAGAAGUUGCCCAAUCAAAACCUGUCUCACCAAGUGAGCUUCUCUGCAUGAAGCAGCGAUUUAGUGGAACGAAGUGCAUCGUGAUCCCACAUACUCGUUAAGAAGAACAGUAGAGAGCUUAAAACAAUGGCCGGUGUUAUAAAUAAUGAAAGUGAUCAAUACACAGAUGAAGUUCAAAUAUUGGUGGAAUCCAUCGAGAAUCAUCUAAAACAGGGGCCUUCCUCACCAGCUAAUUAUACUAUAUAUCGAGUUCUCAAGCCAUUGCGGGACGUAAAGCCAGAUGCCUACACUCCUCGCUUGGUCUCCAUUGGUCCUUUUCAUCGUGGAAGCCAACACUUAUUACCCAUGGAAGCACAUAAGUUAAGGCUUCUAAAAUGUUUUCUAGAUCGAACAUCUCAAUCUUCUUUGGCUGAUUAUGUAAGAGAGAUGAAGAACAUAGAAAAAGAAGCUCGCCAAUGUUAUUCAGAAAUCAUCCCAUUUAAAAAAGAUGAUUUUGUGAGGAUGAUGGUGGUUGAUGGAUGCUUCUUACUUGAACUCAUCAUUGGGUGGGAAGAACGUAGGCAAGAUCCUGUUGAACCUAUAUUUAAUGAAAUAUGGAUGCCUCAAAUUAUACGUGACUUGAUGUUACUUGAGAAUCAACUUCCCUUCUUUGUUCUUGAGAGUUUAUACAAUCUAUACAUAAUGGAUGGUGCAAUGUAUUAUUUUACACGAUCAUUCUUAACGGAUUUCUUGCCUCGUUCCCCAAGUAUAAACCCUAAAGAAUCUGUACCACGGCGACUUUUUAAUUGGGUAAAGAGUAUCUUCCAUUCACCAUCUGAAUCAAAUGAAGAUUGGGGUGAAGAGUCUCAAGAUUCUACUUCUUCCUAUCUGCAAAUGCCUCAGGUAAAUCAAGGUGGAGCAAGUCAUUUACUUGAUUACGUUCGGCAAUUGCUAGUUUUACAAGAACCGAAGCAACAUGAAGGGAAGCAACCUCAGAGAAUCCAUUGUGCAACUGAGCUCAAGAAGGCCACAGUCAAGUUUGAGAAGAGUAAUACCACACUCUUAUCGGAUAUAACAUUCAAGGAAGGUGUGCUGAGAAUCCCAUCUAUACAUAUUGAUGACUUGACAGAGUCUUUGCUUCGUAAUCUCAUUGCCUUGGAGCAAUCUCACCAUUAUGAAGAUAAAUAUGUCAUAGCUUAUGCAGUCUUCAUGGAUGACCUCAUUAACACUCCUGAGGAUGUGAAGUUACUACAGGAUGAGGAAAUUUUUGAGAACUUGAUAAACCUUGAAGAUGUGGCUACUUUGUUUAACAAAAUUCUAAAAGAGGUUACAGAACCUCAUGAACUUUGCUUCUCCCAUGUUUACAGUGAACUGGAUAGUUAUUACAAUGACCCAUGGCACAAACUUUUGGCUAAAGUUCAACAACAUAUGGGAAGUUUGAGAAGUAGAUACUUCAAGAAUACUUGGUCAUUCAUUUCAUUCCUUGCUGCAAUAGCUCUUAUGGGCUUGACAAUUGCACAGACUUUUGCUGCUUUCAUGUAUGGAAAGAAUGGGUCGUGAAUUAUUUGUUAGAUUUCUCUGUGUAAUAACUUUUCCAUUUUAUUUAUUUUUUUUCAUGUAAAUUAUGCUG